CAUUGAUAUUUAAAGUAUCCACCAUCUGUACUUCCAUUAUGGCGCCCCCUGCUGGAUCUAACUGCUCUACUGCAGCUCUAUUUUCUGAUUAAAUCAGACUCUACUAGACUGGACAUUUCAUUGAUCUAAAAUGUAUUGACUGAGCUUCUCAGAAGACAAACAGAUAUUAGGUGACUGUAAACUGAAAUGUUGUCGCUCUCAUAUUAUUGACUCAUAAUAUUAUAUACUAUGUCUAGAUGGACUGUUUGAAGGCACUCUUCUUCUUUCCUCCAUUAGAUAAAAUCAACCUAAAGAUGUGUACAUAAUGUAUAUAUUCUAAUUCUACUACUCAAAGGUAUGUUCAAAAAAUUUCAGCUUUUUGAUGGUAAAUCUAUUACUGCUUUUCAUAACCCUACACCUGCCAAUGUGAUCUUCUCACUUCUCCGUGAUCAGGUGACUUAAAUGACUUGUGUGUCUUCGUCGCAUCACGACAUACUGUAAAGUGCGUGGUGGCAUUAGCUGUGUGUACAAGAUUAGGCAGCACACACACAGCUUAGUUUAAGUGUUACUUACUGCUCUCUGCUUCUUCACUCUGCAGCCGGUGAACUCCGCUCUACUGGGACAGCUUCUAAUGGCUUCAUGUCUGUCGACUUUGCAAAAAUGAGGAUGUACAGUAUAUAAUGUUGCUGGACAUUAAUAUGACUUAGACUCAGUGCCCAGAUCCGUCUGCAGUUUUUUCCACAGAAACUGGUUGCAUCCAAAGAUGGACACCAAGAGGUUAUAUCCACUGUUGUUGUUGCUGUUGCUUGGGUCCUUCCAAAGAGCCAUUUCUCAGUUUCCUGGAUGGAUUGGUGAGGUGGAAGGUAGUGGUGAGACAGAAUGGAAUCCCCAACCAGAUUUCAUAGACGACUUCUAUUGGACCGGGUCAGCGCCCCUUUGUUUAGGAGGCUGUAAGUCGCGACACGAGGAGCUGAGGAGAGAUCGCUGUGGAGACUCAAGCUGCUGCUGGCUCGGCUACAAGUCCCUGUGCAGAGUGACCUGUGGGAGGCCAGAUGUGGACUAUAAUGGUGUCGUUUAUGGCGACGACUGGUGGGUUGGCUCUGUGGUGAGGUACUCCUGUCGCUCUGGCUUCAUGAUGGUGGGAAACCCGACCAGAACUUGCCUGCUGAACGGCCUCUGGACCCCGAAGCCUACCUGCCUCAGAAUGUGUGAGCGGGGACGCAUCGAAGUCAGCGAGAGGGAGCUAAAUGGGACGUGCAACUCCACCUGUGUGUACAAGAGCUACUUCGGCCCACCCAAAAAAGGCUGCAGUCGGCUAGACAACUGCAGGAAGAAGGACACCGGCUGGAAGCGGUUCUUUUCACAGUGCAUCCCUUGCAUUUGUGACUGCUCUAUAUCAUGUGCAUCUAAAGGAUAAAGCACUAUGUUGACUGUACAGUGAGACGUCAGAUGAAGAAGGAAUACACAGACAGCUUGUACAGCGCAGAGCCACGCUGUGUGUUUCUGCUGCUUCAUCCAAUUGUGGGGACUAAUCAGUGGACUAAAACCUGGAUGUUUUUAGACAUUAUUUGUAAUCUCUCCAACACACUGAAGACUACAAUUUCUCCUCGGGUUCUAUAUAUGGGAUUUUACACUAUGACGAGAAGAUUUCGGUGCCUGCAGGUUCAAAUCCCUCCGAGUCAACGGUGAAUUAUGAACAAAGCAGAACUGCUAAAUUCAGUCAAUCUGUGUGAUGUGAGGAGGAGACAGGGUCAGAAAAGAAAAGACAAGCGGGGUGAAUUUUAAAUCAGUCUGAGAGGCUGUGUCAAAUAUUUAUUGGAAUUAUUAUUAUAUAUUAAUUAUUUAAAAUAAAAAACGUUUGACCUGAA